CUCUAUUUUUUACAAUCAACCCGCAAGGCCGCAAGGGAAAUUCCCUUCCUGCGAGCUGCAAACAAGUAUUUCACAAGACAACACAAAAAUUUAACGAUCGUCCUUUAGCAAAGAACAGAGUUUGAAAGAAAAUAAUCCACUCAACCAAAUCGUCCGAUACAGAUGUCAUUUGAAUUGAAAUGGCUUCUGGUGCUCCUGGGAAUAACAUAGCUGUGUCACGUCGAGAAGCCAGACCCUUGAGAGACGUAAGAGACAACGACGAUGCUGCAGAUUUGGACAGAAGGUUUCAGCAGGCUCUUGCUUUGACUGAAGGUGUACCCAUUUCAAGAAUGCACAGGCAAGAUUUGGACCUUCUGAACAGAAUGCUGCAUGAAAGACCACAGCUGCUUCAGACCUCCAGCAGGUUCCACUAUUUGAAGUUUGCUGAUAUUGUUGACGUCCCGAGACUCGAAGCACGUUCAAUAGAAACAGCAGAGGGGGUUUUAGAAUACCUUAUAGCAACAAAGGAGGUGGAACCAACAGUAGCAGAUGUAUUACGGAAGCUUAGGGACUCACAGCAAUGUUAUCAUGUUGUACGAAAUCUUGUCAAUAAUAUUAUCCAGCGUGGGCAAAAUGGUGUGUGAGCAUUUGACCAAAAAAAAUUUCAUUUUUUUUAUACAUGAGGGGUCAUUCUGUUAAUAUUGAGUCCGCUAUUUUUUCCUGUCCCUGUUACAUCCGACAUCUAUGAGUAUGACUUUAUAAUUCUGAUGCUUCAUAAGAAUGAUAAUGAACAGCAAAUGACCUAUCCAACAACUUUACAUUCUUAAGGAUACUUAAAUGGCAAGUUACAACGCACCCUACCACAUAAUAUUAUAAUAUGAUAAUUAUUCUUCAUAAGAAGAUUUUUUUAUGAUUCCAUUAAAUGUAGUUGUGUAACUGCCAAAGGCCUGUACUCUGUACAUGUACAGUACAUCAAAAUCUUGAUAUUGCUAAUUUUAAAGAAGUUAAAUUUCUCAGAUACAACACAUUUUUUAAUAGUAAUAAAGUCAACUUACGAACUUCAUGUGAUGGGAGGAAAAUAUUGUUUAUAAAUGUACUGCAUUCAAUUUCAAUUUGAAUUGAAUCCAUUUUUGUCAUUUUUUUACUUUUUUACUGAAACCUGUUGACCACCUUAUUUUAAGUUUUUAACUUCAGUGUUUUAUUGUCCAUUGCAACCCCUUGUAGUUUUCAUGACAUCAUGAAUAUUAAGAGUGGAAGUGAAUUUGAGAAUUUGAAAUUUUGAUCUCUGAAAUCAAAUGCUGUUGAACUUGAAAUUUUAAAUAUUUUUUUGUAUUACCAAUGAGAUAUGACAUUUAUUGGAACCGAUCUGUGAGCAUGAGUACAAUCAGAAAGUGAAAAAAAUGUAGUUGGAAAACAGAAAUAUCUUCAUGUUGGAAAAUGUGAUUAUGUAACAAGGUUUGAUAGUGCAUAUUCAACCUUCACAAAAUGUAUGUUUUGUAAAUGGAGUAACUGAAACUUUCCUCAUUUGUUGUACACAUUAAAGGUCAAAUUCCAGGUUAAUUUUGUUCCUUUGAUCUUUUAUUCCUUUGAAGUGAACAAAUCUAAUCCUGACCACUCUCACUACACCACACCUCCAGUUUAAAUUCCCUAGAUGGAAUGUUUCGGAGGACCACCAACCAAGUACCAAGUACCAAAUAAAGUGACAACUCUGUGCAGGGACUUCUAGACAUGACAUAAAUAAAGGUCGGAGUUCUGAAGGAAAAAAAAA